UACAAUGACUAAUGAUGACUCAUAAUUUCAAAUUGAGAAAGAAAUUAGAUGGAGAAGUUUAGGCUAUUUUAAAUAAUCCUCAAACUGUAGCGAAUCAUCUUUUCAGUAAUUAAACACCGGACCUUGAAUACACAUCCACGCACGGAACCGGGCGCUUAAGGCAUAGGAGAAAUACAGCGUUGGAUAUCAUCACUGAUAGUUAAAGGAAGCAUGAAGUGUGGACGUGAAUACUGGUAUUGUGGCCUUGUGCUGCUUCUGAGUGUUCAAACUGUGGUCUCCAUGGUGAUUCCCAAUGCCACACACUUAGAGGCUUUGCUGGAAAAAUACAUGGAUAAGGAUGAGGCGUGGUGGCAAUCCAAGCCAAGGGGCAAGAGAGCAAUUUCACAAAGCGAUAUGCAGCUCAUCCUUGACCUACAUAAUAAGCUGAGGGGUCAAGUGUACCCCCCUGCCUCAAAUAUGGAAUACAUGGUUUGGGACACUGAACUGGAGAGUAGUGCUGAGCACUGGGCACACACUUGUCUGUGGGAACAUGGACCCUCUCACCUACUGACACAGAUUGGCCAGAACCUGGGAGCUCACUGGGGCAGAGACAGGCCCCCAACAUUUCAUGUCCAAGCCUGGUAUGAUGAGGUGAGAGAUUUCAGCUACCCCUAUCCACAGGAGUGUAACCCUUACUGCCCAUACAGAUGCUCCGGACCUGUCUGCACACAUUACACACAACUUGUUUGGGCCACAAGCAAUAAGAUUGGCUGUGCCAUCAAUGUGUGCUACAACAUGAAUGUUUGGGGGAUGAUCUGGACCAAAGCUGUGUACUUGGUUUGCAAUUACUCUCCUCCAGGUAACUGGUGGGGACAUGCACCGUACAAACAUGGAACCCCAUGCUCUGCCUGUCCCCCCAGCUAUGGGGGAAGUUGCCAAAACAAUCUCUGCUAUAAAGAUGAUGGCAGUCAUUCGCAUUAUACCCCUGAGACAGAAGAAAGUAACUACAUCGAGCCAGAACCAGAGCCGGUCCGAAGCUAUGACCCUCAAUACAGAGACGAGUCUCCAACACCUUCUACCACUGAGAAGAUUGAGACGAAUGAGGUCAUCAGCACUUCCCAGAUGUCUCAGCAUGUAGAAUGUAAUACUAGAUUACGUGAUCAGUGCAAAGGAACAACAUGUAACAGGUAUGAAUGCCCACCAGGUUGCUUGCACAACUAUGGAAAAGUAAUUGGAUCAGGGCAUUAUGAAAUGCAAUCCAGUGUCUGUGGAAGUGGCUUGCAUGCUGGAAUAAUAAAUGACGAUGGAGGCUGGAUGGAUGUCACCAGGGUGGGCAGAAGGCAACGAUUCUCAAAGUCUUUCAAGAAUGGAGUUCAGACUCUAGCGAAAAAUCAAAGUGCCAAUGCCUUCACUGUAUCAAAUGUCCCAGUGAAAGCUGUUAAUUGUGAAACCACUGUGGCACAAUUCUGUCCUUUCAAGAAACCAGCCAGGCACUGUCCAAGGUUGUAUUGUUCACGUAACUGCUUGUAUGACAGCUCUGCUCGAGUAAUUGGAUCCCGCUAUUAUUCAGAUAAGUCAAGUAUAUGCAGGGCAGCUAUCCACGCAGGGGUGAUUCGGAGUGACUCAGGAGGUUAUCUGGAUGUAAUGCCUGUGGACAAGAGGAGGCAAUACAAGGGCUCCUACCAAAAUGGAAUUACCUCAGAGAGCCUACAGAAUCCCACAGGAGGCAAAGCAUUCAGAGUGUUUGCGGUCAUUUGAAACCAUCCUCCAAGGACGGAUUCAAACAAAUAGAGCUCUUGGUAAUAUAACAUUGAGUAAUUACAGAGCAUUUGGUUUGCUGGUUUUGCUGAGCUGCAUUUUAAGGCCAAUGCUGUCACGAAAAAUCUCCACAAAUGAGAAAAAAAAGACAUUGACUUUGACACAAUCUGGUCCUGAGUCUCAGUAUUUUCUAUUUGUGUUCUUGUACAUGUAAUGUAUAUACAAGUUGUAAAUAUGGUGAAUUCAUUACUUUAGUUAGAAAUUGUCUUGUAUGUUUUUAUAAAAACUAUAUUUUGCUUGUUGCAUUCCAGUUAUUUUAUUUGCACAUAAAUAUUAACAUUUCUUGCAAUGACAAAAAAGGGGAUUGUGCAUGCAAACACAACAGUGUUACUGUCCAAACUUGUAGAACAUGUCAUAUAUUACAGUUAUAAAGCUUUAUUUUUGUAAACAUUAUUACUAUAUAUUAUAUAAUAUUUUUUAACACAUUCAUAUCUUGAUACUGUAAAAACCUGGCAGGCCAGGAAAUUCUUCACAGCUUCAGAAGAAUUUGAAACAUUUUCCAUAAAAGGAGCCAUAUGGGAGAGUGGAGAGACAUUGUUCUGUGAUAUUUAUUAUCAUGCAAUCUACAAUA